AUGCAGUCUCAGAUCGAUCAAAAGGACAUCCCCAGCAACUUCCCGGGGAUUCCAGCCUUCCCAGAUGACGUCUCUACAGCACCCCUUCUUCGACUAUCGUCGGGAAAGCUGUUAGCAGGUGACCAUACUGAGCAAGAGAGACUGUUUCAAGCAUCUACAGACAUUGGGUUCUUUUAUCUCGAUUUAUCAGACUCAAAGAGAGGCUUAUCACUCCUCGGCGAUGCAGACAAUCUGUUCCAAGUUGGCAAGAGACUAUUUGAGCUGAGUCUCGAGGAGAAAAAACAGUAUGAUUUCAGCGCACAGAAUUCUUACUUUGGUUACAAAGCGCAGGGAGCUAUGGUGGUUGACAAGCAGGGGAAUCCGGACCGGAACGAGUUCUACAAUGUUUCCAAAGACGAUAUUUUGGGAGUCAGUGAUCCGCUACCCGCUCCAGAGACCCUGCAUAAAAGCCGAGCUCGAUUGGAAUCAUUCAUGCAAGGCUCACAUGCAAUCGUAACCCUAAUUCUGGACAUCCUGAACGAUAAACUUGCCCUACCAAAGAACACACUAUCCAAUAUGCACCGACUGCGAACUGUAAGCGGUGACCAGGUCCGAUUUAUCAAAGCCCCUCCACAGCCAUUAGACGACAGACGUACCGCGCUAGGCCAGCAUACCGACUUUGGAAGCGUGACGGUGCUUUUCAACCGACUGGGAGGACUACAAGUGCUACCGCCCGGUGCCGAUGCCGAAUGGGUUUAUGUCAGACCGCUUCCUGGUCAUGCUAUUGUCAACCUCGGGGAUGCAAUGGUCAAGUUUACGAAUGGGCUGUUUCGGUCUAACAUUCACCGGGUCGUGGCGCCACCGGGGCUCCAGGCUGAGUCGACGCGGUACAGUCUCGUGUACUUUGCACGUCCCGAGGAUAGUGUGAUGUUGCGUCGGUUGGAGGAAUCUGAUCGGAUUCCUGUUAUGGAGGAUGGUCAGACUGAAGAGGUGAUCAAUAGCAAGGACUGGAUUAUUCGGCGGGCUCUGGGUCGUCGGGUGGACCGUGUUGAUGAUCUUGACUAUGAGAAGUCUGCAGGGACGGAGCAGCUGAGUCGGAGGAUCAAGGCUUAG